AUGAGCGUAGAUGCAUUAGGAAGAUUGUGUGAGUUACUAAAAGUUCAAGGUGGAUUAAGAGAUGAAUGUCGUGUAAGUAUACCUGAACAAGUGAUUACGUUUUUAAUAAUACUAGCUCAUCAUAAAAAGAAUCGCACGCUUCAAGUUAGAUUUUAUAGGUCAGGAGAAACAAUAAGUAGGUAUUUCAACAAGGUGUUAUCCUCAGUCAUACGUGUCCAAAGUCUAUUGUUUGCAAAAGCUGUUCCUGUUCCAGAUGACUGCAUAGAUCCCAGAUGGAAAUGGUUUAAGGGUUGUCUAGGAGCAUUAGAUGGAACAUAUAUAGAUGUGACUGUCCCUGAAAAAGAUAAAUCAAGAUACCGAACAAGAAAAGAGGACACACUUCUUGAAGAGGAGCAAGUGCUUAUUGGAGAUGAUCAUAGUGGUAACGAAGAUGGCGAUGAUGACAUGAUUGAGAGCAUAGAGGGCAGCAACGAUUGGACUGCUUGGCGAGACAAUUUAGCAAACGAAAUGUACAAUGAUUCCCGAAAUUCCCGAAUCAAUUAG